AUGCUCUUCAUUACUCUGAAAGCUUGUGUGCCGCGCCACAAUGGGGGGUGUUGGGCGAGGGGCGAAGGGAGCGGGCGAGGGGGGGGGGGGGGGGGCAACAAAGAAGGCACGGCGAGCGCGCGCCACCCUUUCGUCCGGAAAAUUGAAAUGCCUAAUCAGCGCGUCAUCCACAAAAAGAGGGUGGUUGGUGGAGACAAAAAAGGAACGCACCCGAAAAAACUUAACGCUAGGCGGGCGAGGAAAAUCGCCGUAAAUUGGGAUCCGACAUAUGCCGCUUAUGUGGCCCUGGUAACGGCGGGGCACGAU